AUGGACCCUUGUGUCUGCAGAGAUGGUCUGGUGGUUCAAGCACGGUCCUAUUCCGAGUUCACUUUCUUCGGAGCGUUUGUCUUCGAAUGCUGCGGAGGUGAUGCCCCGUUGCGGGACUGCGAGCUUCCAGAGCGCCAUCGGCGGCAUGCUCAAGUGUUCCGCACUUUGGCUGUUCUCUUCCUGGUCUGCGGAAUCCUGGGGACACUGCUCACCACGUGCUGCCUGAAUGCUAGGAGGAGAUAUCUGCCACUGACACACGGUGACGCUGAGCUCCUCGUGCCCAAACAGCAGGGGGACGGGUGGGCAUUGCACCAGGCAGUUGCGCUAGAAAGAUGGUGCGUGAGCCUGCAAGACCUGCAGCAGUUCCGGCGACUCGUAAUGCACGCAGUGUCUGGGGGUGUGAUUCAGCCAAACGAGCGAGACAUGUUCGAUGUUCGAGAUUUUCAUGUCGGACCCUCGGUCUACACCGUCAAUGAGCACUUCAUCAAGCCAGUGACGGCGGCGGCUGGAAAAAUGAGUUGGGGGCUGUUGAAGAAUUCCGCUGGCUUGCCGUGCGAUGUCUUCGUGACGCACUGCUGGGCCGAAGGCAUUUACGAGUUUAUUGACCGGGUGGAGAGUUCCUGGCCUUCGGGUGCAAGGGGCGCCUAUGUCUGCUUCCUGUCUAACCCACAAAAUCUUGACAUUGGAAGCCUCAUCGCGCGCCCGAGUGAAUCGCCCUUUGCUUUGGCCUUACGCUCGUCGCCAAUGGUUCUGGUCCUACCAAACAGCAAAGUCUCCAUCUACACCCGCCUCUGGUGGCGGUCUGCAAAAAGAUGA